AUGUAUGUUCAAGAAAUAUUUAAUAUAAUUGAAUAUGACACAGGAAAAACAUUUAAAUUUCAUCAUAUUGAUGGAGAAGGGCUAAGUUGUAUAUUGGCUGAUGAGCAUCAAGGACAAGCAUUAGGAUUAGGUGAAUUUUUACAUAAUAGAGAUCCAACCAAAUCUGUAGAAAAUCAUUUAAAAUGUAUACUAAAAACCUGCAUAGUACAUUUCAACAGGUAUUGA